ACGCUGUGCUACUCAAUCUAUCGAAACUCCAUGGCAAAGUGAGAACCAGGAAGAAACUCCAUCGCAGCGUGAGAUCUGCGAUCUCAUCCACGAUGCUCUCCUCUGGCGGCAAGCUCCUCCAUCAACGCUUUUCUUCCAGCUGCGAUCUCCUCCAUCAAAGUUUCCUGCUCCAUCGUGUUGUGCUCUGUGAAGCUUCUCCUUCUCCAUCUUCGUUGAACUAGGUUUUGAUUUUCUCUUUGUUAGCAGAAAUUGGGGGCAAUCGAAGAUUCUAGAAUUUCGAUGUGGUUUUCUCCAAAAGCUAUGGGAAUUCGAUGUGGUGGUUGAAGGAAUUGGAGAAGAUAAUGGAGUGUCGUAGCAGCAAGCAAGGGUCAGAAGGUUGUGCGGAUGUUCUACGGUGUUGAUCCAUCGGAAGCUGGGGCGGCGUUUGCAUACCGGGAACCGCUCAAGGAAGCUGCUUGCCUUCUAGGUUUUGUUACAUAUAUUAGCAGAGUCAUGGAAAAUCUUCGUCUCAACACCAAAGAAGGAGGACAGAGAUUUGUCAACAUAGACACUAAUUUUUCUGUCAACAAAUCAGUGAAAGAGAAGGUUAUUAGGCUUCAUUUGCUUUUAACAGUAAAAGAAUCAGCUAUAAAUGUGCCUCAAAAUCUGGAUGCUCGCCGCCGUAUCACAUUCUUUGCAAAUUCCUUAUUCAUGAAUAUGCCGAAGGCUCCCAAAGUUCAAAACAUGUUGUCCUUCAGUGUUUUGACACCAUAUUACAAAGAAGAUGUUUGAUAUUCGAUUGAGGAACUUAAUAAGGAAAAUGAAGAUGGGAUAUCAAUCUUAUUCUACUUAAGAAAGAUAUACCCUGGUGA